AUGACGAAAAUCGCAAUUAAUUGUAUAAAUACUGAUACUCAAUUCAAACAAGAUACAGUUUACUUUUCUAACAUAAAAUUUCGUCAAACUGAAUCGUAUGUGUUAGAUGUAAGUCUUGAUGGACACUUUGAUUUCUCUUCGCGAUUCGUUGCAAGAGUGUUGAAAGUCAAUCAAAAUCGACACGUAUUUGUAGUCGGUAAUAAUAAAACAAAUACUCAUGUUAGUAUUCUCUAUUUAUUGACUCUGACCACUAACUGCAGUCUUUAUAUUGUUGAUGAUACACGGACAACAACGAAAACUAAUGAUCAUGUUCGUGCUUUUUCAAUGGAUAUUCUUGAUGAUUGUUAUAUAAAUACACGAAUUUUGUUAACGGUAACGAAUCCAGAUCUUGCCUUUCUUCUCACAGCGAAUGAAUUAAACCGGUUUGAUCUGAUUGGUGAGAAAACUCAUGAUGUCAUCUGCGGUUUAAACAAGACACGAAAGCAAUUUUAG